CCACGGAAGGAAGCAAAAGCCUGUCCGUGUGUCUGUCCGCAGUCCCAGCCUGCUGUUAGCCACGACAGGCUGAAAGCAAGCAAAGCCUGCUCGCCUCGGGAUCGUAAAGCGCGGGAUUGCAAGCAAGUCCAUGAGGUCCAAUCUUACAUGGGGCGCCUGGAGACCUCAGACAAAGAAUCAGUACACUUAGUAGAAAAUGAGAUUCAGGCAAGAAUAGACAAUAUAUUCAGCAACUUGGAGCGUCUGGAAAUCCUGUCCAGCAAAGAACCUCCCAAUAAACGACAAAAUGCUAAACUCCGAGUUGACCAGCUGAAGUAUGAUGUUCAGCAUCUGCAGACAGCUCUGAGGAACUUUCAACAUCGCCGUUACAUCCGGGAGCAACAGGAGCGACAGCGAGAAGAGCUGCUUGCACGUACAUUCACUACUAAUGACUCUGACACCACCAUCCCGAUCGACGAAACAUUACAGUUUAAUGAAUCCCUUCAGAAUGCCCAUCGUGGCAUGGAUGAUCUUAUUGGCAGUGGGACCAACAUCCUUCAGGGGCUGAGGGACCAGAGAGUGACAUUAAAGGGUACUCACAGGAAGAUCCUGGAUGUCGCCAACAUGUUGGGCCUAUCCAAUACAGUAAUGCGGCUGAUUGAGAAGCGAGCCUUUCAAGAUAAAUACUUCAUGAUUGGGGGAAUGAUUUUGACUUGUGUAAUUAUGUUUCUCGUCGUGCAGUAUCUGACAUGAGCUACUGAACUGUUGCCAGAGGAGAUCGUCUUUUGGAGCAAGACAGACUGACCUCCAAACUGUACUUUCCUCUGAGUGCUGCUUUGGAUGAGCCCCUCCUGUGAACUUCAGAGUUUACAAAUCACACUCAGACACUUGUCAUGUGGAAAGCAUGUAGGGAAACAAAUUUCUCUGGGGACGCUGUAGUUGAGAACGGUCCUAUAAAAAUAUCCCUAGCCUUUGCUGCUCUCACCUUACUGUCUUCAAGCUUAAGAAUCUGGUUAAAUAGGAAGCAGAAGUGAUAAUUUUGCCCAGCUGUAUUGCAAGGUACGAGUGUCCUUUUGGGUAGACAGGGGUAAGAGGAUGCAAGGGCAGAGCAUAAGAUGUAGUGAGUCUUUCCUGUGUUGGCCAGAAGUGACUCUGGUCACUGUGUUUUGCAAAGGAAGAAUGCCACAGAGGAGAAUUUUGCAUCAUUUGUGGGCACGCUGCUGCGGAGCGAGUGUGCAAAAAGAGGCAGGAAGUGAACCCUGGUUUGCUUGGAGGGAAAAGAAUUUGUGGGGAAAGGUCUUAAAGCACGGUUAUAACCUCAGCAAAUGUUUUUGUUUACGCAUACAGUAUUAACCAGCACAAAUCUUCCUGUUGUAGGCUAAAAUGCUUCUCAUCUGAGGUAUGUUUUGGUACCUUUUUAUGCCCCGCUGCUUCCCAGUGGAAGCUGAAUGCUGAACUCCUGCCUGUGUCAUCUCUCUGUGCCCAGUACCAAAUCCAGCCUGCAAAAACUGUUAAGACACUGACAUUUUUAAUGCUAGCGCACAUCAUGUUUUGAUGAGUUGUAUUCAUUUUCUGAGGUGGUUGGUUGGGGUUUUGUGCUCUGUAGCUGGUGUUUUUUGAAUCGAUGAAGCAGGCAAGUCCUCGCUGUGCUCGGAUUCAGGUUUGUGAUUUUUAUGUUCGUAGAGCUGGAACGGGCGCACUCUGCUCUUCUUUGCAUUCACAAUAACAGUGGGAUCGGGGCAACAGACCUUUCACUUAAAACCAGCUGUUUUCAGAGGAGUUUCCUGAAGUUAUGUGCCUUGGGAUGGUAAACAUCCCUCAUCCUUGGGAAGGGUGUUCUUUGCAUUAUCCUUUGUACCUGCAAAAUUCCUGUGAAAGACUUUCUCAUACAUUCUCAUAUAUAGCAUCUCACAGAGAUGAUCCCCGCCUCAGAUGUGUCUUCCCUGGUUGUAGGUAUCUGUCCACAUUUAAACCUUCACAGUUACGAACCGUCUCAUUGUUUAAAUACAGUACUCCUUUCCCUGUAGACUGUGGGGACUGUUGGAAUGGCCAUCCUGAGAUUUGGGGCAUCAUCCAUUUCAAUCAGCCUUCAGAUACAUUCCCAUCCUGAUUUGUGUACAAGUCUGGAGCAUUUCCAGGCAUGUGACAGUGGCACAGAUGUGUCAUAUUCAGAUGGUCUGGCAUAAUGCUGGCAAUUCCUUAAUUUUUUUUUCUGUCUGGAAUGGUUGUGGGUCUUUUAAUUAGUAAGAGAUUACAAGUUCUGCAUUCUAUCUUUGCUGCAAUAAGCUUUGCUUUUAUUACGUAGCCUGUUGUAAACUUGGAGAAAUGGUAUUAAUAACGGUAAAAAAUGAAUUUCAGUUAAUACGGCAAGUGAAACAAACGGUUUACAGUUGCAUAACUCCAGUAUUGACUGACUGUGGCAUGGCUUUAAAGCCCAGAUGAGCAUACCCAAUUUGAUCAGUGGCCACUCAGCUUCAUGCAUGAACCCAGGGCAAGAGGAGCCGGCAGUCGGAGUGCUAGUGUGCCGCAGACACGGCGGGGAGGCCAAGGUGCCGUCAGUGCCUAGAUAACCCCGUCGGAUGCUUUUGGCAGAAGAAUGCAGGAAAGCCUCAAUGCCUGUUGAGUGUCCUUUGUGCUGCACACCUUCUGGCUGUCCGUGUUGUGCUUCUCCAUGUGUUUGAUGCUUCUGAAGGGUUUUGUGCUCUUCGCGUUCCUCAGUCUGCUAGGCUUUCCCAAGGAAACACAUUAGCAGACCAAGUACAGAAUCACUUUUCAUUUGAGCCCGAGGCAGCAGGGAAUUAAAGGAAAAGAGGAGGUCCGCAGUGAUAGAUCAUCUGUCUUACUGUAUCUUUAAAUCUUAAAUCUAAAUUUACCUUUUAAGUAUGAAAUCUGAUAGAUUUAGCAUACUAUGCACUUGUGAGAUCACCUUCUAUGAGAUCAGCUGGGCACCUUGUAAGAGAUUCCUGGUAAAUCUUUUUCUGUUCCAAUAAACCGGUUCAAUUCCACCUUGAUUUUACAACCCUGUGGUUUAGUGUUUAAAGGAUGUCAUUUGGUGGCGUUUAAAGUUUCUGUCGUUGUGACCCGGUGUAGCAGGAUUUGUCUUAUACCAUGGUGGGACUCCAGCCAUUUUGUUUCCUUUUUUGGCUGGUGGUAGGAGCCAUAAAAUAUUUGGAACUGGAUUUUUUUUCUUCUGUUUUUGAGACUAGCUUGGCAUUUUAAUACAUGUUUCUCUAAUUCAUUUAUUUUACCGUCUUAGAGUCUUGUUCUUGUGUAGGCUAAUUCCCUUUUCAUAAGCAAAGUGUCCUUCUGUUCACCGUGUCUAAAGGUGAGAUGUGGGGCUCGAAGGAACCACUUGGGUAACUGGAUUUGAUGACGUGCAACUUCACAUUUGUACUACGUGUUAAGUCCAAAACAUUUACCAGAGCAUCUGUGCUAUCUCAGAUGGGCAGUGUAAAACUCUCAAGGCCUCAGCAGGAGCACAGGUAGGGUCAGGGUCCCUGCUAACACGAAACAAGACCAAGCUGAAACCCUGGUGGCUUUACAUGUGUUGCUGCUACAGCUUUCUGUAAAGUUCCCUUUCUUACUAAAGACAACAUAUCCUUCAAGAGAGCUGUUCUGCUUCUGAACUUCUGUGGCACAGUGAGCGUUCCAGGUGUUGGAUGAACUGCUCUCUCACCAGAGGACGCUGUGGAAACUGACUUGCUUCUGGGGAAAAAACCCUUUUUACCAGUAUUAUAUGUAAAGAGGCAAGGGUGGGACAUGAUGUGAUUCAUGUGAUGUGUUAUGUGAAUAAAGAUUUUUCAAUCAAAA